GAUGACAUGUCAACAUGAGGUGACAGGAACGAAACGAACGAAAGUGCAAUCAAGUUGAACCAGUUAGUUGUGAAACCAUGGGAUAAAUAUUCCCACGGAACUCACUUAGGCUGGUAUAAAAAGUCGGUGGUUUUCUUCUCCUAGAACCUCACUGCAGGUUUUUGAGAUGGAUAAGGGAUUUUCCUGCCUCCUGUAGCCGUCAUGUCGUCCAACGUAAGAUCAAAGUGGACCCGUUCCAAACUCGAUUCGCCUCGAUUGCCAUCGCGUUUAACAGAAUUCCAAGGUAAACUUUAGCUACCCUCCUCAAAUCUAAAACCUCUUUAGGGUGUGAUACAGUUGUGGCUUUUUUAUGAUUAAAUAUGCCAUCGUUUGUGGGACUUUUAAUUUCCUUACAGCAAACCAAGCACUACGUGUACGAUCAUUAAAUCCUAAAGCUUAAUCCCGGGUUAAUACUUAACUUCAUAGCGUACAGUACUGUACGUUGCUCAAGAAGUUCACAAACUUGAUUUUGGACUCAUUAUAGUUAGUUGGUUGAAACUGUUCUGAUCAUGAAACAUAAGUGGUUUUCAUGUGUCCACUAUGUUUUAAGUUAUUAUGUAUUGAUUUUCUUUGGUUGAUAAUAGUAAUAAAUAAUUAUUAUUCACUAUUGAAGUGGUGAAGGAGACUCAAUUUUAUUACUUCAGUUGUUAAAUAUCAAUAUAACCCCACUCCCAUAGCCUCAUUAAAAGAUUCAAGGAAAAUUCUUGAUCAAUAAGUUUCAUUUCACAAAGCGACACUCUCCACAUGGCCCCUUUUAAUUUUUUUCAAGUAACCCUCUAUUUGAGAUAAUUAUUACAUUCUGGAAGCCCCCAGUAACUCGUUGUCUUGACUUGCACCUUAUUACAAUAUUUCUCAUGCUUUCAUUUAAAUAAACCUUAUUCAAAUGUUCCAAAAAAAUUCUCCAUCUCUGAGUGGCUGUAAUCUCAAGGCCAAUUUUUCAUAACCAGCUACUGCUGACCAAAUUUAGAAGACUAAUAUGAUUUUUCAAAUAAUUUUUUUGUCAAUCAACAAUAAUAUUAUUGUACAAAAAAAUAUCGGUCAAUUGUUGUCACGCCAAGACAGCAUGUGUUGGGUCAGCGGUUUUACCAUUAUGGGGCAUGUUAGUCUGCUAUUUAUGUAUUUUUUUAAAAAUACAGUAAAGUUAGCUUUGAAGUAUACAAAAUAAUUGUGGAUAAAAUUUAAUUCAUAAUACUGUAGAUAUUUGUUGUCCAACUGGUGUUUUAUUUUUUACUAGAUGACAUUGUAGCCCAUUUUUGCAUGAUGAUAUCCUUUUCACUACAACUUCCAGAAUACUCAAUACUUUUGUUUUCUUGUGCAAGUUAGGGUCCUUGGUAAACCUCACCACAAUAACCAUGUUAUAUCAAAGGGAAACAAAAAUAGUAACAAUUUCUGGUAAUUGUAGUCAAGUGAUAUCAUCAUGAAAAUGGCCUGUUUGAUGUUUUAUCUGGUGAGAAAAUCGAUAAUAGUAAAUAGGUAAAAAUAAAAUAAAAAAGAAAAGUCAAAAGUAGGAUAACAAAUCAAUUUUUUGUCAAACUUAAAGUUUUCACUAAGAAAAAGAUCCUUGUGCCGUGUUUGGAUGUAAUAAUGAUCAAGUUUAGUAUUAGAAAAUGGUCUUUCUGUUUUUUAAUAAUCCUACCUUUUUCCAACAGAUGCAGAUCUCUCAGACACAUUCAUUGCCAAUAAUGAUCCUUGGUCUAGUGUCCAAGCUUUAGAAGGAAGAGUUCCCAACUAUCUUUUGUUAGUUUCUCUUCUGGAACAUCUGUGUUCUCUGUACGAGGCUGAUGCAGAGAAAAGCAAAGAGAUCUUUAAUGGUGAGUGUAAAAACUAGAUUGUUAGAAACACCUGAAUGCUUCAGAACAGAAAGAGAAAAAAUUAGUUGAUAGUUGUGAUCAUGGUGAAACUUUAAGUGGAACACAAGCAAAGAUUUUUAUUGUCUAACAAAUAUGUCAAAUCAAAGAAUUACUGCUCCUUCUUAUGAGUCUGUUAAAGUGCUGCAAUUACUGUGUGACAUAUAAUAUGUUGCAAUUAUUGAAUUGGGCUUUCGUAUCAUCUGAGCAAUUAUGGAGAUUGAGGAGGGUGCGGCCUCGGCGGAUAACACCUGCCGAGAUCUUCAUAAUUCUUCAGAUGAUGCGAAAGGCACAAAAUGGACAGACUUCCUGUUUCUCUUGUUUCAAGAGGGUGCCAACAAAACAUAGAAGAUACAAAACCUCAAUCGUGAAAUUGAUUGUGAUGUUUACUACUCCAGCUUUAAAGUGAGAUAGUGACUUCCAGUACCCAUAAUCUCCACAGAAAGUCCUUACACAAGGAGAUUGGGACAUCAACUUUUUACCCAUUUCUCACUUAUUUUCCCAGCUCUAGCUUCAGAAUCUCACAUUUUUUGCCUUUUGGGGGUUGGCAAGUCUGCAGGACGCUCUUGGAACUAGAAAAAGUGUCUGCUUAAGGAAGGGGUUUUAAUUUCUAU